AUGGCGUCGAGUUCGACCAUGGAUUUGGCGAUGGGCCCCGGCGUCCUCCUCCCCCGCAGCGCGGUCCCAUACGCCUCCUUCGCUCGAGGAAGGGGAAGGAGCGCGAGCGGGAGGAGCAGGAAUCUGGCGCUCUCCGCUUCCUUCUCUAACGGUGCAGCUGUGCCAUCCCUGACAACUGACUCAGAGAAGAAGGGCCCAGUGAUAAUGGAAAUUCCACUGGACCAAAUCCGGAGGCCACUGAUGCGAACGCGUGCCAAUGAUCCAGUCAAGGUGCAAGAACUCAUGGACAGUAUCCGUGUCAUCGGCCUCCAAGUACCUAUUGAUGUGCUGGAGGUCGAUGGGAUCUACUAUGGCUUCUCUGGAUGCCACCGCUAUGAGGCUCACCAGCGCCUUGGUCUCCCGACCAUUCGCUGCAAAGUUCGUCGUGGAACAAAAGAAACACUGAGGCACCAUAUGCGAUGA